GAGGGGCGGGGAAGGGGCUGGCCCCGGAAGGCGGAGGAAAACCUGAAAAGAAAACAGCAACAAGCUGAGCUGCUGUGACAGAGGGAAACAAAAUGGCGGCGUCGAAGGGGAGCCUCUGGGUCAGGGCCCAACUGGGGCUCCCGCCGCUGCUGCUGCUGGCCAUGGCCCUGGCCGGAGGCUCGGGGACCGCUUCGGCUGAAGCGUUUGACUCGAUCUUGGGUGAUACGGCGUCUUGUCACCGGGCCUGUCAGUUGACCUUCCCCUUGCAUACCUACCCCAAGGUGCCUGCCAAUUUGUACACAGUGGAUCACACAGAAGAGGAGUUGUAUGCAUGUCAGAGAGGUUGCAGGCUGUUUUCAAUUUGUCAAUUUGUGGAUGAUGGAAUUGAUUUAAAUCGGACCAAAAUGGAAUGUGAAUCUGCAUGUACAGAAGCAUAUUCCCAAUCUGAUGAGCAAUAUGCUUGCCAUCUUGGUUGCCAGAAUCAGCUGCCAUUCGCUGAACUGAGACAAGAACAACUCAUGUCCCUGAUGCCAAAAAUGCAUCUACUUUUCCCUCUAACUCUGGUAAGGUCAUUCUGGAGUGACAUGAUGGACUCUGCACAGAGCUUCAUAACCUCUUCCUGGACUUUCUAUCUUCAAGCUGAUGAUGGAAAAAUAGUGAUAUUCCAGUCUAAGCCAGAAAUCCAGUAUGCACCACAGUUGGAGCAAGAGCCUACAAAUUUGAAAGAAUCGUCGCUAAGCAAAAUGUCCUCAGAUCUGCAAAUGAGAAGUUCUCAAACACAUAGGAACUAUCUUGAAGAUGGAGAAAGUGAUGGCUUUUUAAGAUGUCUCUCUCUUAACUCUGGAUGGAUUUUAACCACGACUCUCGUCCUCUCGGUGAUGGUACUGCUCUGGAUUUGUUGUGCAACUGUUGCCACGGCUGUGGAGCAGUACGUUCCCUCUGAGAAGCUGAGUAUCUAUGGUGACUUGGAAUUUGUGAACGAACAAAAGCUAAACAGAUAUCCAGCUUCCUCUCUUGUGGUUGUUAGAUCUAAAGCUGAAGACCAUGAAGAAGCAGGGCCUCUACCUGCAAAAGUGAAUCUUGCUCAUUCAGAAAUUUAAGCUUUUUUUUUUCUUUUUUAAAGUAAAGGGUAAUAGACAUCUAAAUUUCCCUUCCUCAUAGAGCUUUUAAAAAUGGUUUCAUUGGAUAUAGGGCUUAAAAAUCACUAUAAACUGCAAAUAAAGUUACCCAGAUCUGUGAAGACUGUA